GAGCACAUACCGCGAAAUCUCAACCUCUCCACGCGGCAUUUGCAAUCGAUGCUCCCAUGUCGCUGAUGAAACAAUUCCCUGAGGAGACCACCGGCGGCCCACCGUCUCCGCCGCCGCGACGGCUGAACGCGGGCACCGGUGUCGAGGCCGACGAUGGAGUCGCCCGCACGGCCAUGUGCCUCUACUUCCCGCGGUUCUCGAAGAAGAAGCAGCCGGCCAUGAGGUCCGCGAGCGCUCGCCGCGUCGCCUCGUGGUGGCCGUGGUCGCCGACGCCGCACGACGAUGAUGGGUCGGCUUCGUUCAAGCACUGGGGCCAGUCGUCCCAGAGCCGGUCUCAGCUGUCGUCCCGGGCGACGCCGCGGGUGCGGGUGUCGUCGUCCUCCUUCCCGUCGUCGCCGGCGUCCGCGUCCUCGUUCGUGAGCACGGCGAAGUCCGGGCAGGAUCGCUGAGCAGAGAAUGCAGGUCGUUUCCUGUUUCCGGACGAAAACCCCCCAGCAGAUCGGAUCUAGCUUUGCGUCGCAGGCCUGCAUCAUCGCCGGCAUCACAGGUCCCGGGUUGGACACAGACACUAGCACGCUCUUCCUCUGCCGCCCGGGUCGCCGCCACGUGGUCCGUGACCACACAGUUCCAUAUCCGUGCCGUUGUCCCGGUACCGCGGCGCGCGCCAUCUAUUCCGGCCAGGAGAUGUCCGUGGCCGUUGGCGGGUGCCCUCGCGGGGACGACGUCUGGCACUGCCCUCAUCAGCACUGAGAGGUGUUCGACGUGAGGACGCGCACGGUCCAGACGCUUGCGUGGG